CUUCCCCGCUCCCGACUUGCCAUAGGCUGCGGGGGGGAAGCUGGGGAACUUGACAUUGCCCGGGGCCGAGUGCGUGGAGCCACCGAUCAAAGAAGAAGCGGCCGACAACGUGCUCCGGGCUGCCUGCGGGGCGCCCCGAGUUGCUUUUGUCUGGCGGCCGCGGCUGGCUCUGGCGUGGCCCCUCGGAAGACCGCAGCGUGGGCUCCGAGGCAGCUCGCUCCCUGCCGGAUGGGUCAUGGGACUCUAAACAUGAGGCAGAGAGCUGAUCAGCUUCCGUGGAAUUUGCUGAUGCCCCAGGAGAGCUUCGCCUGAAGAUGGAAACACUGGAGUCGGAGCUGACCUGCCCUAUCUGUCUGGAGCUCUUCGAGGACCCCCUCCUGCUGCCCUGCGCCCACAGCCUCUGCUUCAACUGCGCCCACCGGAUCCUGGUGUCCCACUGCGCCACCAACGAGUCCGUGGAGUCCAUCACCGCCUUCCAGUGCCCCACGUGCCGGCAUGUCAUCACGCUCAGCCAGCGAGGUCUAGACGGGCUGAAGCGGAACGUCACCCUGCAGAACAUCAUCGACAGGUUCCAGAAAGCCUCGGUGAGCGGGCCCAACUCCCCCAGCGAGACCCGCCGGGAGCGGGCCUUCGACGCCAACGCCAUGACCUCCGCCGAGAAGGUCCUCUGUCAGUUCUGUGACCAGGAGCCUGCCCAGGAUGCCGUGAAGACCUGUGUCACUUGCGAGGUGUCCUACUGUGAUGAGUGCCUGAAAGCCACUCACCCAAACAAGAAGCCCUUCACAGGCCACCGUCUGAUUGAGCCAAUUCCGGACUCGCACAUCCGGGGGCUGAUGUGCCUGGAGCACGAGGAUGAGAAGGUGAAUAUGUACUGUGUGACCGAUGACCAGUUAAUCUGUGCCUUGUGUAAACUGGUUGGGCGGCACCGAGAUCAUCAGGUGGCAGCUUUGAGUGAGCGCUAUGACAAAUUGAAGCAAAACUUAGAGAGUAACCUCACCAACCUUAUUAAGAGGAACACGGAACUGGAGACCCUUUUGGCUAAACUCAUUCAAACCUGUCAACAUGUUGAGGUCAAUGCAUCACGUCAAGAAGCCAAAUUGAUGGAGGAGUGUGAUCUUCUUAUUGAGAUCAUUCAGCAAAGAAGACAAAUUAUUGGAACCAAGAUCAAAGAAGGGAAGGUGAUGAGGCUUCGCAAGCUGGCCCAGCAGAUUGCCAACUGCAAACAGUGCAUCGAGCGCUCGGCCUCCCUCAUCUCCCAAGCGGAGCACUCGCUGAAGGAGAAUGACCACGCGCGGUUCCUGCAGACGGCGAAGAAUAUCACUGAGAGAGUCUCCAUGGCAACUGCAUCUUCCCAGGUUCUAAUUCCUGAAAUCAACCUCAAUGACACAUUUGACACCUUUGCCUUAGAUUUUUCCCGAGAGAAGAAAUUGCUAGAAUGUCUGGAUUACCUAACAGCUCCCAACCCUCCCACAAUUAGAGAAGAGCUCUGCACGGCUUCCUAUGACACCAUCACUGUUCACUGGACCUCUGAUGAUGAAUUCAGUGUGGUCUCCUAUGAGCUCCAGUACACCAUAUUCACCGGGCAAGCCAACGUUGUCAGUCUGUGUAACUCAGCCGAUAGCUGGAUGAUCGUGCCCAACAUCAAGCAGAACCACUAUACUGUGCAUGGUCUGCAGAGCGGCACCAAGUACAUCUUCAUCGUCAAGGCCAUCAACCAGGCGGGCAGCCGCAGCAGCGAACCCGGGAAGUUGAAGACAAACAGCCAACCAUUCAAACUGGACCCCAAAUCUGCACAUCGCAAGCUGAAGGUGUCUCAUGAUAACCUGACAGUGGAACGUGAUGAGUCAUCAUCCAAGAAGAGUCACACCCCCGAGCGCUUCACCAGCCAAGGGAGCUACGGCGUCGCGGGGAACGUGUUCAUUGACAGUGGCCGGCACUACUGGGAAGUGGUCAUAAGUGGAAGCACAUGGUAUGCCAUUGGCCUUGCGUACAAGUCGGCCCCGAAGCACGAGUGGAUUGGGAAGAACUCGGCUUCCUGGGCGCUGUGCCGCUGCCACAAUAACUGGGUGGUGAGACACAACAGCAAGGAAAUCCCCAUCGAGCCUUCCCCUCACCUCCGGCGCGUGGGCAUCCUGCUGGACUAUGAUAAUGGCUCCGUCGCCUUCUACGACGCUUUGAACUCCGUCCACCUCUACACCUUCGACAUCACGUUCUCGCAGCCCGUGUGCCCCACCUUCACCGUGUGGAACAAGUGUCUGACCAUUAUAACUGGGCUUCCCAUCCCAGACCAUCUGGACUGCACGGAGCAGCUGCCGUGAGCACCUGGCCGUGUGGCGGUGCUUUCUGGGAAGAGAAAGGCUGUGGCCACUAUUCAGGGGGCAGAGAGAGCACAGGCUUCCAGAGUGUGGUGUUAAAUCUCGCCAAAAAGAAUCCAGAAAUCAGCUAAGAUAGGUUCCAAAACGGGCUAGUUCCAGCCCCCCCCCCCCACUGUGUUUUGUAUUAAGUACAGUCUUUAAUACUUUCUUCCAAUUUUCUUUUGUAUUUACAGGAAAAUUUAUAGAUUAUUUAUAAAAGAAACAUAACCGGGAUUACAACUCUUUUAGGAAUUAUUUGGUUUUGCACAUUAAGAGGCCCAUACAUUUAUCAGCUCUUUACCUCCUUUAUUUCAUCACAGUCUAUAACUGUGCAUAACAGAAAUGCAACUACUUUAAAAAUAAAACAUAGUUUUGAACCUAGUAGGGAAGUAAAUGGGAUUUCUUUGGUUUAUCUUGAGGUGUUUUAACUGUGAUGGUGGAAGCUUUUAUUAGGUCAACUACAAUGGAGAGCAAAAGAGAAUGGGAAGAGUUGACCUUCGAUCUUGGAAUCUGCCAUGGCUAAAUCUUUAAUUGCCUUCUGAUGGCUGGUGGGAUAAUGAUGAAAAGAAAGAUUCUGAAACCUUUGGCCAUAGUUUGCCCUGCUCUUCCCAGGAUUAAGGAUUCUGGGAGAACAUUAAGAAUGAUACUGCAAUUGAAAAUAGUCACUUUGAAUCCUGAUGAUUCAGAAACUCAAGCUGAUUUGUGUUUUAUCAGAAGUAGGAUUCUCUUUCAUGAUAUAAAUCUAUUUCAUUCUUCCUUUUCAUAGUUUCUUUAGGCCUGUGAAAUUUCUUCACUACAUUUAAUAGCUGUCCUGUCCUUCCCACUCCCCAAAUCAUUUCUCUUUUGUCACUGGAGCUGAGGAAAUAAACAUUUCCUAUCACAAAUGGCAGCACCACUGUGCAUUGAUUUUUCUCUCCAGAACAUCGACACAUGGCCCCACUUGCCACUACCAUGUCCAAAUAUAAGUCAUCCCCCAAACACUAUUUGUGAGUUGAUAAUGCCAAGGGACGUUGCAUAAAGUACUAUUUGCUAGUAUACGUGCCUCCAACAUUACUAUAAACUGACCGUUAUUAAACACAGCUUGAAAGUUGUAGAAGUCCCUCUGUAUAUUCUAGUAUAGUUCACCAUAGAGUUGUAAGACACACACAAAAAGUCAAAUUUGCUAUUCCCACACUGGAACCUGCCAAUAGAAUCUGCUAAGAGCCAAGCUGAUCUGACAGCUUGGAAUGGUCCAUGAAGUAAGGUCCAGUCCUUGGACCUGGAACUUGGCAAUGGUUCUUCCUUGGCCAAGGGCAUGACACCUCUAAAUCGUUUCAUUUGCUAACAUACUGAUCCGGGCUACUCGGUCGGCCAUCUUGCCUGAACAGACUGGUGGGUUUAGGCAUUGUCUGUAGUGAUAUUGUUUUUAACCAAAUCAAUUGUUCCCCUGCACUCCAUUCACAGACCCGCUGUUUCAGCAUCACAUCAUGUGAUUUCGAGUCUGGACUUCAUGGUGGCUUCCCAGUGCCUCUGUCCUCUUCACUGGCAGAUGCUCUCCUUUUUCUUAACAGAUAGAGUCUAUAUAUUUCCUAUAUUAUUUAUACCCAGAUGAAUAUUUUGAUAGCUACUUAGGACAAUUUCACAUCUAAAAGAUGGACACCUCAAGGGGAAAAAAAUCAUUCUCUGGAAACUUAAUAGGAUUUUUUUUAUAAUAUAAAACAAUGUGUAUGUGCUUUCCCAGAGUAAACUGAAAGUGUUGUCUUAGUAAUUUUUACAUACUGUUUUUAGUAGUUGGAGAACAGAUAUUUUAAUGCACUUUGUACAUUAACAGGUUUUAAAUAAAAGGGUCUAAAACUCAUGGUCCCCAGGUACCAAUAAAUGCUACAGUUUGCCUUAUGAUGCCAAUGGAAAGCAUUUACCAGAAGGAUGAUGUUUCCAUGAACAUGAUGUUUUUCAAUAUUAAAGCAGUUCCUACUCAAAUUUUCACUGCAAGCUGUUAGGUGAUGUUUUGACUAUUUUUAUAAGGACCAGGAAUUAUGUUAUAAUUUCGUUGUGGAAGUCUCACUGUUUGCUAACUUAAAAACAUUGUGGAUAGUAGCAGUUACUAUGUCCAUGUUGUCAUAUUUACAAGAAAAUAUGUAUAUGGUGAAAGGCCACAUUGUUUACUUUCAUUGCUGUAAUGAUGUAGAAAAGAUUGCCGUGUGGAUUUUUUUUUUUGAAAGUCUGAAAAAUAUAUGCUAUAUACACUU